UUCUAAAGCAUUGUUCAUCCAAUCACCUCCACCCCUUUGCUUGACCUAGAUUUGCCCAUAAUGCCUGGAGCACACGAUGCUACGAGAAAACGCAAAGCCGAGUCCGGCGAGCGGCAAGCUGAAGGCAAUAAACGAGCCAAGGGUAAGAAAAACUGGGAGAUGCCUAGGAGAGACAUGUCAAAUCGCGCCAUACAAGCUGGGGACGCUGGGAUAUGGGCCACGUGCUCCAUGAAGAAGGAAGCCAAAUCCGUGGCUGAUCUACGAGAUUUAUUCCAAGAAUACGCUACCAAAAUGUAUGGGACGACUGAAUCCAGUGAAACAGCUGCAGACGACGAUUCUGAUGCUGAGGGGGGGGAUAUCGAAGCUCAGAUCAGCAAAGAGCUUGCCGAUAUUCGCAAUCCAACUACAAAGCCAUUGUUUACAUCGGUCAAGCUUGACACUCAAUGCUUGGUGUUUUUCAGAACUCGAUCGCCAUUGGAACCUGUGUCUUUUGUCCACAAAAUUUGCCAAGAUAUUGCUGAUGGCGCUCAGCCGAGAAAUUUGAGCUACGUGAAGCGACUAACACCUAUUACUGCAACCGAGAAAGCCACUCCCCAGGGUCUCGAGAGUGUUGCGAAACAAGUUUUGGCGCCUCACUUCCAUGGACCGGAUCAAACGGGGAAAAAGUUCGCUAUACGACCUUCGAUACGCAAUAACAAGGAGUUCCUGAGAGACGAUGUUAUCAGAACGAUUGCAGCUACAGUAGGCCCUGGCCAUAAGGUCGAUCUAAAGGGGUAUGAUUUGCUCAUCAUCGUGGAGAUUUACCAGAACGUCAUUGGCAUGAGCGUAGUAGGCCCCGAUUUUGAGAAACUCAAGCGCUUCAAUAUUGAAGAGCUACGCCAGCCAAUAUCUUCCACUGCUCCAGAGACCACAAAGGACGGCAGCAAGAUCACUGAAAGCAAAGAAGACGAGUGAUUAGAUACCAAUCAAUCGGCAUGUUCUAUGGAUUGUCACUUUUAGGCCAAGACGCUAGCGCAUCAAUGUCCACAAACAACAAAUCCUCCGACUGUGGCUAUUGUGGCUUGGAGGUGCAGUAGCACAUGUGAAACACCGGAAGGCCUUGCAAGACUAUGUGAGGAGCAGAGCUGCUAUGUAAGUGCUGACUCCACGCCUCAGCUCUUUGUUGCGACCCGUCUCCGACAUAUCGGAUUCGCACAUCAGCUUCACAGACGAGUUUGAGGCUCGCCACACCAAUGACGGAAGAGUGCCCGAUAGUCAAAGAUGGUUGAAGGGCUCUACCCUGGUGCAAAGACGCCACGUCAAUGUUGACUCUGUAUCAAUUGUUAACACCAUGCUGAUCGCAAUACCUUCCCCUCAUAAACUACAAGAUAUUCGAAAAAGCCAUCGAUUACAUCUCCAAUUUCAUCAG